AUGUUUGCGCACCCCUCCACAUGGGCAGCAAACACAUCACAAUGGAAACCCAGAGCCAUCUAUCAGACCAUGACAGAUCGCUUCGCCCGCACCGACGGCUCGACCACAGCACACUGCGUGUCCUCAGAGCGAAUCUACUGCGGCGGUACAUGGCGCGGGAUGAUCAACCAGCUCGACUAUAUCCAAGGCAUGGGGUUCGACGCGGUCAUGAUCUCCCCCGUCAUUAAGAACGUGGAGGGCCGGGUCGAGUACGGUGAGGCCUACCAUGGCUACUGGCCCAUCGACCUCUAUGAACUCAACCCACACUUUGGUACCGAACAGGAUCUGCUGGAUCUGAGUGCUGCGGUACAUAAGCGCGGCAUGUUUCUUAUGAUGGACACGAUCAUCAACAACAUGGCGUAUAUCACCAACGGCAGCGACCCGGCCACCAGCAUCGACUAUUCCGUCUUCAAGCCGUUCAAUAGCGAGAGUUACUUCCAUAAGUAUUGUAAGAUCACGAACUGGCUCGAUCCUCAAAACUACCAGACUUGUCAGACUGGCGACAACAUCGUACCACUGCCGGAUCUCUUCACUGAGCACGACGAGGUGCAACAGACGCUCAUCAAGUGGGCGCAGGACAUGAUCGCCAAAUACUCCAUUGACGGGCUGCGUAUCGAUGCGGCCAAGCACGUUAACACAGGCUUUCUUUACAACUUUGGCAAGGCGCUCGGCGACACCUUCAUGACUGGCGAGGUGUACGAUAGUUCGGUGGAUAUGAUCUGCGACUACAAGAACCACUACAUUACCAGCGUGCCGAAUUUCCCUAUCUUCUAUGCGGUGAUCGACGUUUUUACCCAGUCCAAAAUGGAGGAAUUACCCAACGCCAUCGAAGUGAUGAAGCACAGCUGCCAGGACACCAAUGGGCUGACCCUCUUUACUGAGAGUCAUGAUGUAUCACGGUUCGCCAACAGGACGGACGACAUAGUGCUCGCCAAGAACGUGGUGACGUUCAAUAUCCUCUUCGACGGCAUCCCAAUCAUCUACCAGGGCCAGGAGCAGCAUUUCCACGGCUCGUACGAAGACCAAAACAGCAACCGUGAGGCUGUCUGGCUGUCCGGCUACAACAGAGACGCCGUGCUGUACAAGCACAUCCGCACGAUGAACCGCAUCCGCAAGCACGCGUACAAUCUCGACCCGGACUGGUUCAAUAUGCAGACGAUCCCGAUCUACCAGGGAGAAAGCGAGCUCGCGUUCCGCAAGGGGAUCGAAGGCCGCCAGAUGGUCAUGGUUCUGUCGGCCCAGGGCACCAAACAAACUGGACAGUAUGACUUGGCCUUGCCCGUGAGCUACAACCCGGGAGUCGUAGCGAUGGACGUGAUCAGCUGCGUCAACUACACCGCCAACGACGUAGGGCAGAUCACCAUCAACAUGAAGACGGCGGAUCCGCAGGUGCUGUUCCCCGCCGACCUCAUGGCCGGCAGUGGGCUCUGCGGGUACAGCGAGUCCAACAUCUCGUACGUCGAGCUGAAGACGGGGCGCAAGUCGCCAACCGUAUCAUCACCAUCGGCCGGCGUCGCCGUGGCGCCGGUACGGAGCAUGUCUGUCACGAUUCUGUUUUCGCUUCUCAUGUCAAUAGCUAUUGCGGUGUUGAGUUGA